AUAGGCACUGUAUUAUUCAAUUUCAUUGAACUUUAAUGGGCAUAUGUGCAUUUCCAAUACCAACAGCUAUUAUGAUUUAAACUUAAAUGGUGUAAAACUGAAGGUCCCUUGCAUCGUUAUCAGUAGUUUGAUCAUCUUGGGCCUGUGAUGCUAAAUAUUUAAUUAGCAGAUCUGAUGUGAACUAGGUCCCAUGUCCCUGUGCUCAGUAAAGUAUGAAAGAUUCAUCUUUCUCAGGAUAUGUUCCCUCAAAGUGGACCUUAUGGGCAGGGUAGACCCUUAUGUUCUGGUAAAAUAAUAUGAAUUUAAUCUAGGGACCAUUCCUGAUGCAGUAGUACCUCUUUUGUUAUUUUGUUAAAGCAACUAUUAAAAUGUGUACCCAUAUAAUAUAACUGUAAUCCCAUAAACUAAGGAACUAGCUGCUUAUGUCACUGGCAAUCUUCUUACAGUAAGAGAUUGACGUCUGGGUCUGGAGAGCUUACUGUACAUGGAUUUGUGUGGUAGCUCAGCUAAUAAGGGAAAAUAAGACUCUGCUACAUCUGUAGGCCAUAAUAAACAUGUUUUGAAUGAUUGAGAUAAAUGAUCUACACUUUCACUUAAACCAAAACUCUGUUGUGCUCUCUCUCUCUCUCUCUCUCUCUCUCACUUUCUGAGUGUGUGUGCAUGCUUAUGUGUGUGUAAGUGCAUGUGCAAGUGAGGUCUGAAUUUGAGUCAGAAGCCCCCUUUAGUAUGUUGAUAAAUGUAUAUUAAAACAACAACUAAGAGAUGGGUGAAAAGAGAAAGAGAGAGGGGUGGAGGUUGUGUCAGAGGAAGUGAUGGUGUCAUGAUCAGUUGAGUACCUGGCUCAUAACGGCAUUGGAGCUCAGACGUGGAAAGAGAGCGCGAGAGACAGACAGAUAGAGGAACCUGCCCAAGAACACCCAGGCUUCCGCAGGCACCGCUGACCCAUCCGCCGUCUAGCAGCGCUGGCUGACGACCUCCCUUCUGACAGCAGAACCAACCCCAGCCCAAGCCCCAGCAGGCUGUGUCAGGAUGUACCAGAAGCAGCCCCACCUGUCGGGGCCCCAGUGCUCGGUCAUCCAGGGGGGCUACACGUCGCCCGCCUCCCUCUCCUACUCCGUCCUCAGCCACGCCGGGCCCUCCACGGCCAUGGGGGGGCACAUGGGGGUGACCCCCGAGAGCGUCCCCUCCUCGGCCAGCCACAGCCAAAUGAGCCAGGAGGCCGGGGGGCUCUACUGCCAGCCUGUGGGGGCCCAGGGGCCCGGCAUGGCAUACAUGGCAGCGCCCGCCUGCUCCACCAGCACGGGAGAUCACCAGAGCCAACAGAACCAUAUGGGACAGCAGGACUUCCCCUCCUUCCUCCUGCCUCCUCCUCCUCCCCCUCCCCCGGGUCUUCAUCAUCGUCAGCAGGUGGCCAAGAAGGGCAUGAACAAGGACAGCAUGGAGUACCGUCUGCGUCGCGAGCGCAACAACGUGGCCGUGCGGAAGAGCCGGGAUAAGGCACGGCGCCGCAUCCAGCUGACCCAGCAGAGGGCGCUGCAGCUGCAGCAGGAGAACCAGCGGCUCCAGCUGCUCAUUGAGCAGCUGACCCACGAGCUGGACACGCUCAGGCACUUCCUGGCCCAGCGGCCACUGCGCUCCAAAGCUGAGGAGGAGAGCUGCUGACCAUCACCACCACAUGAGGACCCGAGAACACACACGCAGAUAGACACACACACACACACACACACACACACUCUCUCUCUCUCUCUCACACACACGCACGCACACAAACACAUGCGUCCCUAACGCUACCUAACUACCUACCUGCAGGCCUAAUCUAAGACAUGUCAACUCCUCCACAAGUCACACAUGCACUGGGCAAGAGCAGACACUGAACACCAGUGGGGUACCUGAGGCCCGCCGAGCCACCUCACAAAACAGUACACAACCCCUUCAAAAAACCUUUUUACAGUCAAUAAACAACACGACUAAAAACGACCUCUGACUGCGAAAGUGAGCUCUUUGUGGUCAGUAGUUACUCUCCAAAACUAUUAGACAUUAGCGGCCGUGGAAGAAAAGCAAGUUACUGUUGGUCUCAGUAGGCCUACAGCAGUUUUCACAAGACGAUCUGUUCAAAAAAAUAGUUCAGUAAAAUGCAUUGAUUAAUAUUUGUAUGUAAACUAGAAUGUGUGAA